ACUGUAAGAUGCGGACUGCUGAGAACACCGUGUGUGGUGUGGUGGGGAAUCCUCCCUCUCCCGUAGAGACCAGAGCUAGAUAUACGUUUAUAUAUUGGGGAGGGUCGGGCGGGGCAGAUGUCAGGGAGAAGCUCAGCUUUGCAGGGAUUAAAAGUCUUAGUCUGAGACUCAAAGCCCAGACUUGGUGCCUUGUUAAUGUGCGUGCGCUCGAGCGCACGGGUCCCCCCCAGGGGGCGUCCCUCGAGGAAGAGGGGGAGGGGCGUGCACUGGCCCCGCCCCCACACCACAGAGGGCUCCUAUUGGCUGGGACUCCCGGGGGCCAGCCAAUCGGCCCUGAGGGUCGUGGUCUCCCUGCGCUUUGGGGACCCGCCCUCACUCCUCCAGCUAGACGCAGCAGGUGGACGCCCCCGCAGCCCUGCUGCCCAGCUCCGUUCGUCCUCAUCCGUCUGAUGCCGACCUUUCCGUGGAUGUUGGAUGUUGAAGCCCAGAUGCCCCCUCCGGGCGAGUGGAAAACGCCCCCCUUCGACCCGCGCUUCCCUAACCAGAACCAGACGCGUAACUGCUACCAGAAUUUUCUGGGCCCUCUGCAGACUACCACCGGUGCGUGAAGAGCAUGAGCCGCCGCGGGAAGAACACACAGCCCUGCGAGUACUAUUACCGCGUGUUCCAUUCCCUGUGUCCCAUCAGCUGGGUG